AGGGCCGGGCGAAGCCGGGAAAGCCAGAUAGUACAACAUAAAACUAUCUUGCAAAUGUUUCAAGGAUAUCUUGCUUUGCCUUAUCGAAUGACAUGUUUCUACCUGAGUCCAAUCUCCAGGAUUAGCAUGAGGAACAUGCAGUAACAGAGUGCAGCAUCUUGCAAUCGUGAUCCGCAAGUUUGAUAAAAGGCAUAAAUGCAGAAUGCGAGUGCUGAUCUUCUUCUACCUUCUCCCAUCAUGUUGCGGAAGCCUCCUAGACGUUGUAGACUUAACAGGCGCUUCGAACUUUCCCGGUUUCGGGUAUCUCCAGGCAGCUGGAGUAGCAGGAAAAAUGUUUUGUAAUCGUAAACCGUUUACUAAUUGGCAAGUGUCGAUAUACGAGAAGGAAUGGAUAAAAGAUAAAUUGUUGUAUGGACCCAGAGAACCGGACUGGAUGUUUAAUCCAAAAGGCCAUGGUACAAUCCUAUCACAUAGUUACAAAAUCAAAGGCAUAUGUAGAGAGUGGAGCUCAAUAGAACCAUACCUCUAUGUCGAGCAUUGGUGCAACCGAAAAAAGAGCCAGACUCCCAAUCACUUUUGCCUGGACAUCCCAUUACACGUCCUCAGCCAACCAAAAUCCGGUGGACGAUCUGGGAGAAGACCGAUUGCGGCGGAGCAAAGCAUCCAAAUUCAUUUUCGCGCAUGGUUUCGUUGAGCUUUCUGGGAAGUUCCCGGCUCUCGGCAAAUUGUUCAUUGAUCUCUAG